UCUUUCCAGACCAUGGCAAGGCACGCUUUAAUUGGAGGUGGUACUGGUUUUGUAGGUACUCGUCUUGCCAAACAUUUGGCUGGGCAAGGAUAUGAAGUUACGGUGGUGUCACGUAUGCCCGGGCUGAAACGUAUCACUUGGCAUCAAUUGGAAAAGGAUGGUCUACCCAAAGGUGUUACUUCCGUAGUCAAUUUGGCUGGACAAAAUGUUUUGGAUCCAUCCAGAAGAUGGACAGCUGGUUUUAAACAAAACGUUUGGAAUUCACGCAUCAAUUCGGCGGCAUCUUUGGUAAAAGCCAUCGAAAAGGCGGGAGGUGUUGAGGCUUUUGUGAAUAUUUCCGGUGUUUCGCAUUAUCUCCCCAAUGAAGAUAAGGUUUAUACAGAAAAUGAUGCUGUACAGGGAUUCGAUUUUAUGUCUAAAUUAUGUUUGGAAUGGGAAAAGGCUGCAACAUUGCCAGACAGUUUGCAAAGUACAACAAGGGGUGUUAAAUUGAGAACCGGUGUUGUUGUCGGACGUGAAGGCGGUAUGAUACAAUCCAUAUGGAUGCCAUUUAAUUUAGGUGUGGGUGGUCCAAUGGGUACCGGCAAACAAAUACUGCCAUGGAUUCAUUUGGAAGAUUUGUGUCGUCUCAUUCAACAUUGUUUGGAAAACAAGGAUUGCAAGGGCGUAUUUAAUGCAGUUGCUCCCGACAUUGUAACAAAUGGAGAAUUUUCAAAGACCUUUGCUUCAGCCUUACAUCGGCCCUGCCUCUUUGCUGUACCCGAAUUUGUGGUCGACUUAAUGUUUGGCAAAGAUCGUUCAGCUUUACUUUUAAGUGGUGCUAAAAUAGAACCCAAACAUGCUUUGGAUACAGGCUUCCAAUUUAAAUAUCCCACUGCCAAAUUGGCCUGCCAGGAAGUGGUAAAGAAACAAUAAAU